AAACUGAUGUUUUUGAAAUAGAUCGCAUUCUCAUCUCUCUCUCUCUCCUCGGUGCACCAUCCAGUCUCUUCCGGCAUCCAAUUUCUGGAAACACCGCGCGUCUUCGAUGAGCUUUGCCUUCACCGGAUCUUCGUUCUCCUCCGCGAGUGAGUCCAGUCUCUUCUGGCGUCCAAUUUCUGGAAACACCGCGAGUCUUCGAUGAGCUUUGCCUUCACCGGAUCUUCAUUCUCCUCCGCGAGUGAGUCCAGUCUCUUCCGGCGUCCAAUUUCUGGAAACACCGCGCGUCUUCGAUGAGCUUUGCCUUCACCGGAUCUUCGUUCUCCUCCGCGAUAGUCGCUGCUGGAGAGGACCUCUGGCGUCUCCCGCCGUCCUCGGCCGAACUGGAGCGCCGAUCUCCGAUGUCGAGGACUCCUAUACCAGAAUCGGACCGAAUUGGAUUGCUUCAAUUUCAGAAAUGGCUCUCGCUGUUACUUCUUCUUUGUCUUCUACUGCAAUCUCUGCUCGGACCUUCUCCUCUGACCUCAAAGGUUUUCCUGGAAGAACUGUGCCUUUUGAGUCACUUCAAGCACUUGGAUGCCAUGUUGAUGCAGUUUGCCCCAAGUGAAAAGCUAGCAGCUCCGUGUAAUUGUUCUAGUGGCUUUUCAAUAUAGUGAUAGUAGCUUUAUGUGUCUAUGUUAGUAUCUUUUCAAGCUAAUGUCAAUAGCUUUUGUUUUCAAAUCAGUACCUCUCUGUAACUAUUAUAGCGGUUUUCCAUCAUAGCGAUCGUAGCUUUCUGUACUUAUGUUAGUAUCUUUUCAAGCUGAUGUCAGUAGCUUU